AUGAAAAAGGAAAUUUUGAUAGUAAUGACUUUAUUCAUGUGUAUUAAUGGAAUUUAACAGAGUAAUGGAAUACUAGAUCUCUAAAAUUUAAAAGCGCAUUAACUAUUUACAAAAAAUGUGUAAUUUGAUUCAGAAUUUGAUGAAGUUCCAAAAGUGGUAGUAUCAAUCAAAUAAAUCAUUGGGGAGCAAUAUGAACUUUACACUAGAACUAGCAAUAUCAAUUUAAAAGGAUUUGAUUUAUAGAUAAUCAGCUCAUCAAAUAUAGAUAACAUAAAAAUCAAUUACCUAGCAAUCAAUGACGACUCUUUGAGCAUUGUUUGUGAGAAUUACCAAACAAAAAAGGACUAAAUAAUAGUUCCUUUAAAUCUAGAGCACUCUAAGGUUGCUGCAUUUGUUACAGGAUUGAAAUUGUAAAAAAAUGAAAAUGUUAACUUCAAAUUGAGUUCUAUAACUAACUCAUAAGUUGUUUUUGAAACCAAAUAAAAAGCGAUGGGUCUUUGUUUAGUUAUUGGUGAUGAAGAUAAAAUUGCUGUAACUAAGCAAUAAAUAACUACUACUUUGAAGGAUAAUAAACUUGAGUUUAAUGUUGAGAAUAUUGAAGAUUCAAUAAAAUUACCUUUGGAAAAUUAAAUAUUAUCAUUUGACGAUAUCGUGAAUAAACUUUCAGUUGAGACUAAGGAAGAAGAAUAGUAAAGUUAAUUAUCAACUGAAGAAGAAUAAUACCUUGAUAUUGAUAGUAUCUAAAUAGAAACCUUAGGAAUAAACAUUAUAUAGUAAAACAAUGAAGAGGAUGUUAUUUAAUCAGUUGACAUUGAAUAUUUAGAGCCUUUAAAGUUAGUUCCAGAUGAUAAAUUAUUAAAAAUAGAAGAAAAACACAUUGAAACAGUUGAAGAUAAGAUCAGCGAAAUAGUAGAAGAAUAAAUGCAAUUAGAAUAAAUUGAAGAAAAGAAGUUUUUAGCUUAAAUGAGUUAAGUUAAUGUUGAGAGUGUUCAAAACAUAGAGGACCCAAUUUAAUAAGAAAUUGCUAUAUAAGAAAUAUAUCAGGUUGUACCUUAAAAUGUAGAUGAACUUGAUAUGGAUGCAUUAUAUAAAGAAUUCACAUUGGGUUAAGAACUUAAUGAUGAUUUGAUUGCAUAUAACAACCAACUUUAAUAAUAAUAAUAAUAAUAAUAAUAAUAAUAAUAAUAAUAAUAAUAAUAAUAAUAAUAAUGA